CGUGAACGCGCUGCAGAGGAAUGUCGCCCACCUCACCUUCUGCGACAUCGACCACGAACUGGAAGGAACGUCAGUAGACACCAACUUCGUCAAGUUAUUCAAGCUGGCCCAACUCUGCAUUGAAUACCUCAUGUACUCGCAGGAUGUUCUGCUCCAGUCGUUGGCUGACACCGAGGAACAGCUGGCGGAGGCGACGCAGGCGCUGGAAGAGGAGCGCAAGUUCCGCAUCUGCGACCAGGAGGCCAUACGGGAGCUGCAGCGCGAGAACCGCAAGCGACGCCGCAUCAUCGAGAACCAGCAGCUGGAGAUGCUACGUUCCGACCGGUUCGCACCAACUGGAGCACCUUGUCCGUACUGCCGCAAGGUAUUUGUCAGCCUGGCGUACCUGCAAGCGCACGUCGUGCGGCGGCACCCGGACAAGCCUGCGCCCUACCGAGGACGCCCUGCUGGCGCAGUGGCAGCGAGUGGCCACCGGCACGGCACUGCCGACCGCCAGCGAUCUGCACCGGGGCCUCCAGGAACUCAGGGGUCUCCUGAUGCAGAAGGACGACGACCACGCCGAGGACAAACUGCUGCUCCGCGACGAGCUGCUGUGCCGGCUGGACGAGCUGCAGCGCAAGUGCGACAGUAUGGCGGUGGGCGGCCGCAAAGUCGGCGUGGCGGCUGCCGGCGAGGCUAGUCCCUGGGAGCUGUCGGCCGAGCCUCCCGGCUCCUUUUCCGAGGGCCAGUCGGCGCUGGCCAGCCUGUCCCAGCAGCUGAUACAGCAGAAGGAGGAAGUCAGUCGCCUGCUCGCGCAGCAGGAACGCCUCUUUCUACAGCGCAUGGACGCGCUCUCCAGGGACGUCGUGGCGCUCACCAAGACGAGCACCACCCUGGAGCGAAAGCUGUCCCAAAUGGAGGAGCCCAUCACGGCCCGUGGUCACCCCCGUCACUCGCUGCUCUAUCGCGAGGGGGCAGCGCCACAGGCCGCAGGCAUCGGCGUGCUACCCGACGGACCCAGCUCACCCCUGCGCCUGUCCAGGCCUUACUCGGAGGCGGUCAGGGCGUCGCCGCUGCGCUUUCCGCAGAGCACUCUGUCCAUGCCCGUGCCAGCUCUUCGGCAGCGAAUGCUCUUCAACGGGAAGGGCCUCAGACAACCACCAUCGCUGACUCUGCCGAGAAAGGAUUCCAGGCUUCACGCGAAAGUUGCCCAGAGCGGCCCUAUAAAGGAGCGACACGAGAGCAGUGUCCGACAGCCGAUGCGCCAGGCGGCCAAGGGCGAGUCGCACUCGAAGCGCAUGAAGUCGGCCGUGCACAGCACGCCGAACCUGAUCGACGCGCUCAAGGAGGAGAUCAUGGACCUCACCCGGAACAAGCUGUCCGGCAUCGGAAUCAACGAGCUGGGCAAAGCCACGGUUACGGACAGCAUAUUUCGGGACUGCAGUAAGAGACUCAACUCUGAGCGCCGGCUUCUUGCCAAGAAGAACAAGAAAUUCUUCGACGUCCGGCAUCGCAGCGGACCGCCCACGGAGGACCUGUCGACGCCGAAAGCGGCCCAAGGCACGCCCGAUGGUAGCUGGCCUUUCGAAGUGAACAGCCGAAACAGCUCAAAGGUAGCCAUCCCACCGUCAAGCAUCCCUAACUCUGAUACUCCGAAGGACAGCUUCACCUUCAAGUGCCAGACUUCGGCCAGCUCGGAGGCGUCCCCGAGCAGGGGCGAAGGGGUCGCGAGCAGCUGCCGCUUCAGCACCGCCACACCGGCUCCGCUCAGCAGCUGCGGCAGUGGAGUGCAGAGGCCACGCCGCUUCCUGGCGCGAUCGUGCCGCUCCCGGCAGCCUUCGUCAAUCGCCACAUCGCACGACAUCAUCAAGCCUCUCAUCUCCAGCAGCGACGAUGACGAAGGCGUGGUGUGCGGACGGCAGCGCACCUCAGCCGGUGCCACCAGCAGCAGGUAUCCGUCGGUGGCGUCCAAGACGCAUCCUCCCUCCGGCAGGCUGAGGUCGUCCCGGCCGCAGACGCGAAUCACCGACCUGGUGCAGUCGAUCGAGUCGCAGCUGCUCAACCGAUCGGCAAGGCCUCCCUUGGGCGCCGUGAACACCGUCAGCGAGAGUGCCAGCCGCAAGGAGUCCGAGCAGAAGGUCGAGACUGCAGUUCUCAACUCUGGUGACCAAAGGAUUGCGACGGACCUUGUGGGAGCAGCAAAACCUGCAGCGUCGUCAUCAGGUGCUGAAAGAAAAGGACGGCCACCUGUGUUGAAAGAUUACAUCGACGACGACGAGAGCAUGGAGGAGGUCAGCUAGAGGAGCCAAAUUCUCACUGUUCUUGAGACAGCUAUUAAAAUUGACCGCAG